AAACCAUGGUUAGAAUAACAAAUAAAAAAAAAUUGUUUCAUGAUUCCAGUUUUAAGGCAUUGCUAUUGUCAUUGUCGGCGUGCCUUUCUUUCUAGUGACUUCUUUUUUAAUUUCUUUAAUUAAUAACCCACUUUCAGACCCAACUCUGCAACAAGAAAUGUUUUGCUCAGUUUGGCCCGGUCUCCCCUUCCCACCUGCCUCCAUUUCUUCCUCCAAAUUUCCCAUUUCUUGAUCUUUCUAGAGGUCAACUUUUAGUUUCUUGAAUCAUGUUUAAUUUAUUAUCAGAGGUUUUCACAAGCUUGGCUUGUGGCCACCCUUCCAUUAUCUCUGCUAUCUUUUUAUUUGUUUCCUAAAAUUUUUUGAUAUAGAACAGCAAGACAGGUCUGCAAGAGUUCUGUAAAGGCAUACCUCUAUUUUAGUUUCCUCUACCAGAUUUAGUCUUUAUUUUCCUUAACGAAUCCUUUACACGUUCAUAACAUUGGUGUAAAAAAUAGAUUCCAUGGGGACCAACACCAAAAAAGAAAAUGCCUCGCAUGCAGGAUCAAAGGCCAUGAUGGAAGGUCAACACAAAAAAUCCCUUUUUGCAUCUAUAGCCAAACCCCCAACAGAUAGUGCUAGACCAAGCAGUAUGGUUGUGAAGAGAGCACAUACCGUAAUUCCUGCACAUAUUGUAGCAGAAGCCAUAUCAACAAUCCGCGGUCUUGACCUUAGAUGGUCAGGUCCCAUAACUCCAACAGAAAUGCAAUAUGUUGAGCAAUAUGUGUUGGCAAAGUACCCCCAAUAUGCUGGUCUAGUUGUUGGAGAAAAGAUAGAUCUCUCCACUCUAUGUAUCAAUGAAGAGGCUUCAGAGGCUGCACCUGAUGACAAGAGAAAAUCGCCUAGGAAUAGUUUCAGAGAGGCCUCCUCACCAUCCCUGGGAGGCAAUCUCCCAGAUUUGGAGAGAACCCAGCUGGAGCCAUCAAGGCUUCUUGAUAUCCUCACCAAGAAAUCCUCAUUUCCAGGAAGCUUCAUCUCGAUACCCGAAAUCCAAGCUCAAAACAAAGUUUUGAAGCACUGUGGAUUACCUGAUGAUGAGUAUCUUGUUCUCUUCACUCCAAACUACAAGGAUGCAAUGAUGUUAGUCGGUGAGAGCUACCCCUUUUUCAGAGGAAAUGUCUACAUGUCCAUUAUUGCAGAAGAAAUGGAUUACAUAAGGGAAUUUGCCACUUACAAGGAAUCAAAAGUGAUAUUGGCACCGGAGACUUGGUUGGAUUUGAGGAUCAAAGGAUCACAGCUUAGCCAGUAUUUCAGGAGGAAGUGCAAGCACAGCCCAAAGGGGUUAUUCUCUUAUCCAGCUGAUGUGAAUGGGACUCGUUACUCAAUGCAUUGGGUGUCAGAAGCUCAUAGAAACUCAUGGCAUGUUCUGCUAGAUGCAACUGCGCUGGUCAUGGGGAAGGAUAGUAUGAACCUUGCACUCCACAGGCCUGAUUUUGUGCUGUGCAGUCCUGACAAUGCACAAGCUAAUCCUUCAAACAUCACUUGCCUUCUUGUUAGGAAGAAAUCAUUUGAUACUUCAACAGCUUCAUCUUAGCGCAUCGAGCAAGAAGAGUUGAUCGGUAUGUGAAUAUUGAAUGUGUAGAUUGGUUUAGCAACAGCUACACAUCUCUGCACCUCAGAAGUUGGAAUUGUAAAACCGGUAAUUGAAUUUAUUGGUUAACUAUAACCUCACACAGAAUAAUAUUUCUUUUCAUGGAGUGAAUUUGGAUGGGAUUAUGAUGCAAAUUACUAUCUUCUUGUAAUUUCUGUAAUUAGAUUACUGAAUUUCCUACUGAUUUUUCUUCCAA